AUGGCUCUGCCAAACCUACGCCGUCUCUUCGUCGAGGCUCGAACCGAGGCAGAAGAGAAUGAGUACUCCCGCAACGCCUUUUACAACCUGGUCCUGUUCAUUUCAUCCGUAGCCGUCUUCAGCCUAGUUGCACAGCGCAUGAGCGGCAAUAAAGCAAUCAAAUAA